AUGUCACACAGAGGCAACUUUCGCCCUGGUUACUCCACAGAUGGCUAUGGUGUUAACCGGGGGAAUGGUGGUAGCAGUGGUUUCCAACCCAUCAACGACAGAAAUCCUGAGCCAUAUCCUCCUCGCCAUUCUUCUAAUGGAUUCAACAACGGAUUCAUCAAUGGACACAACAACGGAUUCAUCAAUGGACACAACAACGGAUUCAGCAAUGGACACAACAAUGUACACAGCAAUGGAUACAGCAAUGGAUAUAACAAUGGAUUCAACAACACCAUGUCAUAUGCAUACCGUCCAUUCGCUGGCCAAAACCCCUUCCAAGGCAAUCCUGGCUCGUCGAGCGCUCGUGAGGCACACGACGCGUUGAAACUAGAAGAGAGAACCAAGAAAGCCGACGAGCGCGCCGAGAAGAAGAGACUCAAGCAAAGCGGAGAUCUUGUUCUUCCUAUCACCAAUCGCCACCUCGACAGAGACAUGAGAAAAGCCUUUGUUCCCCUCGCACAAGAAGCAAGAGAUAAUCUCGCUCGCAUCUCCAGAGAGGCGCGCGCUGAGUACGGUGACUCGGAGGAAAAGAAGCUCAAGCAUCUCGAGUGGGCAGUAGAGACCCUCAGCGCCGUGGCCUACAGACACUACAUCCAUAUCCUUGGUGUCGACAGGUGCAUGCAACAACAGCUGAGCCAUCUGGAACGCGAGGAAGAUCCAAGCACGCUCCCCGAGUACGCUAGAGUUGACCUUGGAUCUGGUCGAGACAAGAAGAAGCCUGGCAAUCAUUUCAGGAAGGGAAAGCAGUCCAGCAAGACCACAUAG